UUGACUCGUGGUAGAGCCACUGAAGACGGGACCGUGUUAGGUUGGAGUCGGAAAAAACCCCCAGACGUUGCAACAUAGUGCACAGGGGUGGAUCUGUGAAACGAGUCAAAAGGCAACAUUAGCAGCGGAAAUCUCACUGAGACUUAGUUCAACGGAAGUAGAACUGUAGCAAAGUCACUGUGCGCAACAGGUGUCAGUUUCUUUUCGUAAGCUCACUGUUUGAAAGUUGUUUGAGUAGGGGGGCUAAAAGUUUUCGUUGGUUAACAAAACGCCAACAUGUCAAAACUUCGACCCAGGCUUUGUGUGUUGGAGAAAGGACCCAGCGGGUAUGGGUUCCACCUGCACGGAGAGAAGGGCAAGAUCGGGCAGUUCAUCAGGCUCGUGGAGUCCGACACUCCCGCCUCCGAGGCCGGGCUCCUGGCUGGAGACCGAUUGAUGUUCGUGAAUGGGGAGAACGUAGAGGGGGACAGUCAUCAGCAAGUGGUCGCCAAGAUACGGGCAACCUCUGGGGCUUUAGAGCUUAUUGUGGUGGACCCCGAGACCUCGGAGCUGCUGAAAAAACACAACCUACAGUGUCGGAAAGAAUUCGUCACAGAAGGAAUUCCCAUACCAGGCAGUGACAGCGACUCAGACCGCGGGGACACUCAGAGCAACGGCACCCCUUCCCCGCUUGAGAACGGGGAUUCUUCCUCGGAGAGAUCCGAGAGGCAUAGUGUCAGCUCAAGCACCAAGGAGGAGAGAGAUGGGCGCCGGCCUCGUCUCUGCCGCUUGAAAAAGGGCCCCGGUGGCUACGGCUUUAACCUGCACAGCGAGAAGUCAAGACCAGGCCAGUUCAUCAGAGCUGUGGAUGAGGACUCUCCAGCACACAUCGCCGGCCUCAGGCCGCAGGAUAAGAUCAUCCAGGUUAAUGGUAUGUCUGUGGCUGGGAUGCAGCACUCAGAGGUGGUGGCAGCCAUAAAGGCCGGAGGAGACGAGACUAGGCUACUGGUGGUUGACAUUGAGGCAGAGGAAUUCUUCCAGAAAUGCAAUGUUAUGCCCACUGAGGAACACAUCAGUGGACCUCUUCCAGAGCCAAUGGCAGAAGACAAGACAGUUUGGAGUCACACCAGUCACACCCCCAAGGAUGCUGUUUUGAAGGAAGGUUCAGAGGAGGUUGGAGAUUGUUACCAUCAUGGGCUCAUCUGGUCAGGAUGAGAAUGAACAGUCAGUAAUCACUUGCAGGGUUUUUUUGUUUUAUUAAAUAAUGAGCAAAAGGAAAGACACACAUGGACUCUAUCUCUGAAAGGAAAUAAAGUAUGAUUUAAGUAACUCAAAAUAAUACAUGAACUCAGGAGACUCGAACAGAAACUCACCUCAGCUGCCGCCCCAUGUGGCAGUGAAGAAAGAGUGAGCUGUAGGUGAGUGCAGUCCUUGUAUAACGAGUGACAGGUAAGGGCAAGCACCACACCCAAUCAAAGGUGAGGAAAAGAAACAAGGUGCAUCUAGUGAAGUGAGUGUGCUGAAUGGUGAGCCUUUACAACAGAUGCUGUCCUUGAGGUCUACUAUCUACCUGAUUAUAGCAUAAUGUUGAAAGUGAUCAUCAUCACACAAACCAUUAGGACCAAAGCUGAAAGAAAAAUCACAUACACAUAAUGUUAUAAACAAAAUAUAUUUAGUACUUCAUGGAAGUAAACUGUCACUGUGCAGGGGUUCAUAUAUUUGAUGGCAAGUGAAACCUCGCUGGUUUGAAUCCAGUGGCAGAGACAUUUUUGGGGUUGCCAACUGAAAAUAGCCCCCUAGUGGCUGUCUGUGGUCCUACACUUUAAGAUGCUUUUGCAUUGAGUUCCAUUUAAAGCUCUGAUUGUUUCUUCUUUGUCCCAUCAUGAUUUGCAUUACUUCAAUUAUGCAUGCUACUUUGUACGUGUCUGUAUUCAUAGUAGUGUUAUUUUAAAGGAUUUUGAAUUUCCACAUUAAAUUGAUCACGGUCGUUGCAUUGACAUUAAUAUUAACGAGUCUUCUGCAACUGAAGAGAUAACAUUAAGCAGCCCGAGAGAGUGAAGCAGGAUGCAACUGUGUGACGUAUACUUAAGUAACAAAUGUCACAUAAAGAGUUCAAAAUGUAGCAGACUCACUUCUCCUCAGCCUGAGAAAACCAGUGCAAUGCCCCUUUAAUUAGCACAGGCUCAGUCAUCAAAAUAAACACCACCCACUACGUCUAUACGCACACACACACACACCCAGUGACAACAUGGGAAUUGUGGAUUGGCCCCUCUAGUGACAUUGUGGCUGACCUCUUCACCAUGGCAACAGGAGUAGAAGAUCAUGGGAUUGCAGUGGCUUUAAUUUGAGGAUUAUGCUAAUGAGCAGCAUUCACACACUCUCACAUACAGCCAGACUUCUGUAGCGAACAAUCAGUCAUUCACCAGCUGUUAUAUAACAUGGCGGCAUGAAUCCAUACCCUGACCUCUGACCUCCAGUGUGCCUUUUAUCAUCAGGUGGCCAAUAGUCCUGCUUAGAUAUUCAGUAACUUAAAAGGCUUUUAAGUGGCAUUAGUGCAAAUGGAAUACUAUUAGAGGCGUCUGAUGAAGACACCUUACAGCAGAGGGCUCAUGCUCGUGUGCAGCAUGGGGCUGGGGUUAUUUUUAGAGAAACAGCUGCUUCCACACUGGAGGCCAAAUUUUCAUAGAUGAGGUGAGUUCCACACUGCAUUUCAGAUAGGAGCAGGGCUAUGUGCCGAUCCCUGAACGGUCUGCUCAGAGAGAGGACUGCUCACACUGAGCCUCUGAAUGACCAGCCCCCCCUGCUGGUGACACUCCCCUCUCUGCCUGCACAUUUGGUCUUGAUAAUUAAAAAGAAAUGUUUGUGUGACUCUCGUAGAAGAAAUACACCACGUCUGUGUUCUUGUACUUCGCUUCAGAUUGUUUGAUGUAAAAACACACUGUCUUAUAUAGCACUUUCCUACUCUCCCACAGUACUCAAAGCGCUCUAUACAGCAUUCACCCAUGCACACAAGCACUUCUAUGUUUUAAAGUGCUUUAUAUCUACCAUUCACACUCCAAUGGAUGCAUCAGAGAGCAACCUGGGGUUAAUAUUUUGCCCAAGGACAUUUGGCUUACAGACACCACCAACGAUCAGCAGAUGACCUGCUCUACCUCCUGAGCUACAGGUGUUGGACUCUAACAUUGAAUGAGGAUAUUCAGAAGUGCGCUUUUAUUUUUGCUUUUUUGGUGAAGUUUCCUUUCUCUGGAAAUUCAGAAAGGCUUCUAAUGAGCAGCUAGUUGAAAUGAGCUACCUCUAAACUUUCCACUCGGUUUGAAAAGGUUCUAGUUCUGCAUAAUCGAAAUGUUCAUGUCCUUUGAAGCUGAGAUGCUUUCCGGAUGGUGUUUUGUACUUUGGAUGAAUUGACCCUUUUGAAUGUGUGUUGUGUGUU